AUGCGUUAAGAAGUUAGAAGUUUCUCUUUGCUUCACUUAACCGUGUCAGCAGGUUGACUUUCUAUCCAUCCAACCACCACUACUUCCACUCUCAAUCAACAAUCCCAAUCAUGAGCUCAUUCGUAGGAAAAGAAAUCCCUCAAGCUACAUUCGCUGAAGUGCCAUACACUCCAGCAUUGGACGAUCCAAAAGCAUGUGCUGGACCUCCACGCAAAGUUCAAACUCAUGAAGCAUUCAAAGGCAAAAAGGUUGUCAUCGUUGCCGUACCGGGCAGUUUCACUCCAACUUGUCAUGGAAAUCAUGCUCCAGGUUUCGUGAAAGAUGCCAAAAAGUUCGCUGAUAAAGGUUAUGACGUUUGGAUCAUUGCUGCAAACGAUCCUUUCGUUCAAUCUGCUUGGAGAACUUCCCUUGGCGCAAAAGAUGAAGUUCAUUUUGCUACUGAUGUUGACUUGCAAUUCUCAAAAGGUAUUGAUGCUACCGUCGAUGCUUCUGCACAUGGCUUGGGUAUCCGUGCUGCCCGUUACGUUCUCAUCGCUGAUGACUUGAAGAUCAAGAGCCUUGACGUCGAAGCCUCACCCGGAGAGGUCAACGUCUCCUCAGCUGAGCUUGCAUACGGAAAACUCUAAACUGGCUGCAGAGAAUUGCCAACCGCUGUAUAAAUUUGCACCAUUUCAAAUGUGAUUCCUAAAUCAA